UAGUCUUCUCUUUCACUUCCUCCCACUUUUUCUUAAGCUUUUGCUCUGUUCACUCAGAGCAUAAACCCUAAAAAAGAGAGGAACAAAAAAUCAAAAAACAAGAAUAAGAUGUUGUUAGGGAAGAGACAGAGACCACAGAUAAAGAGAACGACGAGUCUGUCGGAGAUAAAGUUCGACUUGAACUUACCUAACGAGCCAGAGGAGCCGUCCGAUCAUCAAGUUCAGAUGUUGAGUAAUCCGAAAGGUAAGCUAGUGACCGGUGAUGAACAGCGCCAGGUUCAUCAUGGACUGUUAGAUCAACGGCUCUUAGCGACGGUCUCACCGAGAGGUACACAGAGGAGACACUCAGCAGAUCACUCCACUCACGCCCGAGCAGAUUUUCUGAGAUCCUGCUCCCUCUGUAAACGCCUUCUUGUUCCUGGCCGAGACAUCUAUAUGUAUAGGGGAGAUGGGGCGUUUUGUAGCUUAGAGUGCAGACAGCAGCAGAUUACGGUGGACGAGAAGAAAGAGAAGAGUUUGGUGAGGUCUACCUUCGUUGUCGGCGCCGGAUCCGGCAAAGGAGAGAGACUUUCCGCCGCCGUGUAGGUUACCUUUACAAUGUUUGUAUUGUGUUAUUAUAUGUAUCUAAAGCAUUGAGCGUUAUUUUAAACCGUGAUUAGCCUUUGUUAAUCAUCUUAAACCUUGCUUUUUUAACUUACUCAAGAGUUAAGACU